AGAAGGAAACAAUCCACCACGUGUCUGAAUACAGAACCAGAUAGCGUGAAACCCAGCUGCCGAACUAACGCGAGAUUUCAGAUUUCCGACCGUUUGAAAACUUGAGUUGCGUCUUCAAUUCUGUUAACUUCUCUGGUGUCUAGCUGUUCACCAGGUUUCGUAUAAUCGGUGGUCUUUAAGUUUAGGAUGGAAUUUCAAGGUACGGAACCAAUGACUCUGGGUUCCCCGACAUCACCCAAGCCCGGCCCGGGUGCCCAGUUUCUCCCCGGGUUUUUGAUGGGGGAUCUGCCAGCGCCUAUCACACCCCAGCCUCGGUCAUUUGGGGUCAUGGAUAUGAGGUCACCACUUCAAACAGGUGGCUCUCCCCCUCAACCUGUGGUUCCUACACCCAAAGACAAGAGUGGGGCCCCUCCAGUCAGGAGUAUCUAUGAUGACCUCUCCUGUCCCGCUGUCGGGAUGUCCCCUAUGAGUGCACAUAAACAGCCAUUCUCAAUGAUGCACACCCCGCUGUCUGGCUAUAUGGCUGUCACACCAGGAACAGCGUCCAGUCUAUUUAGUCCUACUACCAUCGGGCAGCAGGCGAAGUCAACAAUGUCUCCAGCCCAAGUAGACCCUUUCUUCACUCAGGGAGACGCACUGUCUUCUGAAGACCAUCUAGAUGAUACAUGGAUCACUGUAUUUGGGUUUCCUCCUGCCUCUGCGUCUUAUAUUCUGUUGCAGUUCGCCCAGUAUGGAAACAUAACGAAACACGUGAUGUCCAACACUGGUAACUGGAUGCACAUUCAAUAUCAGUCUAGACUCCAAGCAAGAAAAGCUCUAAGUAAAGAUGGGAAGAUUUUUGGCGAGGCUAUAAUGAUUGGUGUUAAACCAUGCAUCGAUAAGAAUGUGAUGGAGAUCUCAGACCGAGGCUCUACCUCCUCUGGCUCAGUGUUUACUCCUCCAGUCAGGAAUGGAACCCCCAGCCACCAUGUCUCUACACCUCGCUCCUCUAUGAGGCCCCUCAGUGCAGCCUACAAGGCCUCCAGCAGUGAAUACCAGGUGGUGGCAGACGAACAGAUCCCAAGGAAAGACGACAGUUUGGUUUCUAAAGCGAUGGAGUACAUGUUUGGCUGGUGAGACGGUCUCCUCCGAUUGGCCCGAGCGCUUUUUAUAUUAAAAACUGGGGGGGGGGGGACCCGACAGCAGCCUUCUGUCAUCACCGUGUUGUGGAAGUGUGUCCUAAAUGGUACCCUAAUGGCUCAAUUGAACCUGGUCAAAAGUAGUGCACUACAUAGGGAUUAGGGUACCAUUUGGGGAUCAUCCAGUGUGUCAGUGAUUUGGGGGAACCAAGCCGAUGUGGAUUUCUUCAACCCUGCGACGACUAUGUGGUGAUUUGAGUGGACGGGAUUUUGACUAAACGAACACCGGAUAUUGUAUGUUGACAUUGAAUGAAGUGUUGUUGUUUUUUGUGCAGACGUCAUGGUGUUGACCUGACGAACACAAACUUACAUAUUUUCUUAUUUGCUACUUGUCCUCUUGAGGAUUUUUGAAUCCCACGUAAAUCAAGACAUUUAUUGUUAUUUCUCAAAUGUCCCCUAUUUCCUACGUUGUGUACAACUGUUGACCAGUACCCAUAAGGGUCUGAAUGGAAUAGGGGGCCAUUUUGGAUGCCCGCAUGGCCUGUCUACAGUAUCUUAACUAAGUGCUGCUUUGACAGGUGGACGUCAAGGUUGCACAUCAGUAUCCUCUGUUUGAUGCUGCAGGUUUCUUUUUGAAUGUCCUUUUCCCCCUCUAAAUGGUUCAUUAGUAAACAACGGUAAAUAUAACAGGAAUCAGAGUUAAGAAUUGUGAUUUUUAUAUACGAAAUGUCUUUUUUGUGUGAUGUCAAACAUUUAAGUGUUUUAAGUCUCACAAAACUGUCGGUGUACCAAGUGUCUCGUCUUAUAUCCAUUUAAAACUAUUUGUCUGUUUCGGCUGUCUACUAUUUCGGCUGUCUCUUUUUAGUAUUUCUACGGUCUCCUCUGUCAGCGGUCUCUGCUCGGUACUAUGUCUGCUGUUUUUAAUGUCUCUGUCAUUUGCUUACUAUUUUUGUCAAAUAAAUGUCACAUAAUUUGAAUACCA